UAUUAGCGACAAUUAUUCUAACAUCAGCAUAUUCUGGUUGUCUUUUAUCGAAUAUAGCUAUACCAAAAUUAAAUUAUAUUGAUAGUAUUUGGAAAUUAAUUGAUUCAAUGCAUACAGGAAAAUUAUUAAUGAUUGGUACUGAUAAUGAAUUUAAUUUUUUAAAGGGUUUUCUUGAAAAACGUUUAGCCGAAAAUCCUCAUAUGAAACAUUAUAAUGUUAGUACAAUGAUUAAAAAUCAUCGUCAAAGUUUACGAACAUUGAUUGAUGAAUCGACAAAAUUUUCACAACAUAAUCAUAAUGAUGAUGAUGAAGAUGAUUAUGAUUAUAAUCAUUAUAAUCGACGACAAUUGGCUAUAUUAUUAUCAAAUGAACGGGCAAAUCUAAUUCGAAUAUCAAUAGGUUACGGUUUAUUCUAUCUACCACCAAAUAAUCCAUUAACAACAAUAAAUCAGAAUAUAAUAUCGAUUGCCAUUAACAAUCAUCUACAUGAUCAAUAUCAUCGAAAUUUUAAUCAAUUAAUUCAACGAAUAAUAACUACUGGUUUACAGCGAUUUUGGGGAUUAAGAUUUGCAUUGUAUUCAAAGCAAUUCUAUCGAACACUUCAUGGACAAUCAUCAAUGACGACAACAACAACAACAACAUUAUUAUUAUCGGAUCGUGAUCGAUUAGAUACAUAUUGGUUUCAUGGUUUAACCCAUAACAAUAUCGAUAUCGAUAAUGAUGGAAUAAUGAAAACAUCGAUUAAAACAAUACGAAUAAAAAAUUUAAUCAUUAUAUUCUAUGUUUAUCUAAUUUUCAACUUAAUCGCAAGCUUAUUAUUUAUAAUGGAAAUAUUUUACUAA